AUGAAUCGCCAACCGCUGGCCCUUCUCCUGGUUAUCGUGGGUCUGGCCAUGAUUGCGGCCAGGCCAGGUCCACAGAAUCCGCUUGAGUCGCUGGGCAUGGGCGCCAUGACUCUGGCCGGAAAUAUAGCCGAGACGGUUCAGAGUGGCGCCGCCAUCUCCCGCGACCUCAACAUUGACAAUCCCCUGAUGUCCGUGCACUCGAAAACGGCCGUGGGCUAUGGAGAUGCCAUACGACCCAUUGCCGCCGAUUCAUCCGAGGAGGAUCGUCGUCGCAAGCGAAGGCGGCGAAGCCUGCAUCGCCUCAAACGCGCUCCUUGCUUCUGGAAAAUGGGCGCUGCCGCCACCACAAUGGCGUCCGCCGACGAUGACGUGGAGGCCAGACGGAGACGUGCUCAAAAGCGGGCCGCUAACAAUGCCUCCCGAUCCCGAGUGAGUCCCAAGUCCACUGGCAAGAAGAAGAAGAAGUUGGUGCGACGGCGACGGCAGGAGGAGACGGGCAUGGAAGUGACACCGAAUAUGGGCGGAGCGGAUCCCUUGGGCCUGGGCACCAGAAUCAAGGCCAUGUGGCUCUCCUUCGUGGACAACGUAACGGAUGUGGUGCAGCAGGUGCGCCAGAGGAUCACCGAAACGGCCAACUCUACGGGGUAGAAUUACCCAGCUCCCUGACCACCAUCGAGUGUAUUUUUUUUGUUUGUUUAUAAGUGCAAUAAAAGCAACUGGAAAC